AGGCGCGGCUUCGGGCGGCGGGGAGACGGCGGACCGGAGGGCAUCCAGCGCGAGGGAGCUCCAUGCCCAGAAGGAAAGAGGUUCAGCCACUGCAGAGGCUUUGCCUGGAGAAUGUAGCCGGGAACAUGAGCUGCCUCUGGCUCAAGGAUUAUGCCGACAAAUACCUGGACGAGUAUCACUUCCGCUACAUCAUGGGGCCCUUCAGCGAGCUGGCUGGCUCUGUCGUCCAGGAGCUGCUCCAUCUGAUGGGGCGGAGCGGGCGCCUGACCCGCCCCAUGCUGCACCUGCUCCUGGUGCCUCACCUGACGCAGCUGAGCCUCAACACCUGCCCAAAGCUGGUCACCAAAGCCAUCACGGACAUCAUCACCGUGCGCUGCAAGAAUCUGUCCUCCCUGGAUCUCCGCGGCUGCAGCCGGAUCCCCGCCGACGCCCUGGUUGACCUGGCGGAAGUCCUGCCCGGCCUCACGAAGCUGAACCUCUCGGGGACACAGUGCAACACAGCCGUCCUGUCGGCUGUGGGCUCCUCCUGCCGGCGGCUGCGCGAGCUGGACAUCUCUUCCUGCGCCCGGCUGUCCGGGGCCUCCCUCCUGCACCUGGCCUACGACCCCAUCGCGGCCGCCCUCUGCUGCCCAGCCUUGCAGGUGCUGGCAGCGUCUGAUCUUGAACCUGGCGCCUCUGGCCCGGAGCUCCUCUGGGCCCUGGUGUUCCUGCUGCUGGCACUGCCCAGCCUGAAGUCCCUGGCCAGCAGCCUUGUCGCAGACGCCGUGUGCUUGGUCCACCACCAGGAGUUUCGCGGGGCCCAGAUCCCCCCGGAGUUUCCCUCCCUGGAGCAGCUGGCGCGCCGGCCCAGGGCACCCUCCUCCUUCACAGGCGAGGGGAGUGCCAAGCUCACGCUGCCCCUCCGAGAGAUGCUGGAGGUGAGCGAGGACUCCUUGCCUGCCAUCUGUGCCGCGUGCCCCCACGUGGUGAGGGCCACGGUGCUCCUCGAAGACGGUCCUGGCAAGGGCCAAAGCCCCCUGCUGUCCUGGCACCGCCUUGCCCACCUGACGUUGAGCUGCCAGGGGAGCAGGCGCUUGGGGGAGCUGUUGCCCCUGACCGCCGCCCAGGGCAGCCAGCUCCAGACCCUCUUGCUGGGGGGCUUCUCCCUCGAAGACCCUCUCUCCUUCCCCACCCUGCUGAGCCACUGCCCCAACCUCCGGGAGCUCAGUGCCUCCUUCUGCGCCCCACAGCUGCCCAGCUGGCACUGGGAGCCGGGUGCAAAUGGCGACGGAGCCUUGGACUUGGACGUUGGCCACCUUCCCCUCGACAAACUCCCUCGACUCCGUGCCUUCCGGCUCAUCUUUGCCGCGUCCGACGCUCCUCUGCCUUCUCCGCACAUCGCGGUGCUGAGCGCCACCCUCCUGUGUCUGCUUAGGAAUUCCCCGUGCCUGGAAACCUUGGAGCUGAUCCACGUGCCUUUCCCCUUGGACGGGCUGUUUCAGGAGGUGCUGGAGACCCCCGGCACCCCCCUGGCACACCUGCGCAAGCUCUCCCUGGCCCACAGCCAGGUGUCUGCCCAAACCGCCCACCUGCUGCUGUCUUCGGAGAGUCAGCUGGGACACCUGGACUUGCAAGGCUGCCCGGACGUUACCCGGGGGGACUAUGACCAGCUGCUCAGGAGGGUCCGCCACGAACGCCUGGACCUGCUCAUCCUGUGGAAGUGAAAGUCUCUGCCCCGUCCAGCCUGCAAUGGGGCGGCCCCCCUUGCGCCGAGGUUUGGGGCGCAGAGCAAGUGUUAGUUUGCAGGAUGCAAGUGCCGUCUCUGCGCCCAGAAAACGCCAGCAGAGCCGGAG